AUGGGGAAGAAGCGCCAACCCUCGGGAAUCUCUUCCGCUACCACUGCCGCUCCAGCUAGUGCUACCACCACCGAUGCCCCGAGCUCCUCGUUGGUAGUGAAGAAGGAUGCAAAGCCGAUCAAGGGCAAGACGAAGCAGGCGGACCCGGCCGUCUUCUUCGACGCCAUCAAGAUCCGGAAGCUCGUCGAAGAGGCUACCGACCUCUCUGUCCGUGCCGCCUCUGACGGGCCCUCCCACAUGACUGCCGGUGGCUUCGGGGGCGGCGGCAACGGCGGCGGCGGUGGUGGCGGAGGCUCCGCCGGCCUGGGCCUGGGCCCGGGCGGGCCGCACGGCCCCGCCUGA